AUGACAACAUCCCUUAUGACAACUGCUGCUCCUACAACAACAACUGUAGCUCCUACGGCCACAACAACUGCAGCAGUUCCUACAACCACAACUGACGCUUCUUCUACAACAACUAUAGCAACUACAACAACCACAACAAUCUCCCCUUCAACAACUGUUGCUCCUACUACAACAACAGUAGCUCCUACAACGCCAAUCACAACUGAAGUUCCUACUACCAUUUUAACUCCUACGACAACCACAACUGUAGCACCUACAGCAACCACAACAACAACUGUAGAAACUCUGACUACCACAACAACAUCCCCUACGACAACUGCCGCUCCUACUACAUCUACCUUAGCUCCUACGGCCACUACAACUGCAGCAGCUCCAACAACAACUGAAGCUGCUUCCUCAACCACUACAGCAGCCCCCACUGCAACCAGAAAUGAAGAUUCUUCUACAAUAACCACAACAACCUCCCCUACGACAACUGCAGCUCCUACUACAACAACUGUAGCUCCAACAAUGCCAAUCACAACUGCAGGUCCUACUACCAUUUUAACUCCUACAGCAACCACAACAGCAGCUAGUACAACAACUGUAGCCGCUACAACCACUGAAACUGCAGCAGCUCCGACAACAGCAACUGUAGCUGCUUCCUCAACUACUACAGCAUCCCCUACUGUAACCAGAAAUGAAGAUCCUUCUACAAUAACCAUGACAACAUCCCUUACGACAACUGCAGCUCCUACUACAACAACUGUAGCUCCUACGGCCACAACAAUUGCAGCAGUUCCUACAACCACAACUGACGCUUCUUCUACAACAACUAUAGCACCUACGACAACCACAACAAUCUCCCCUUCAACAACUGUUGCUCCUACUACAACAACAGUAGCUCCUACAACCCCCUACUGCAACCACAACAACAGCUCCUACUACAGCUGUAUCACCUACAACCACAACAGCCGCUACUACAAUACCUGUAGGUCCUACAACCACGACAGCACUUACUACGUCAAUCAUAACUGCAGCUUCUACUUCAACAACUGUUGCUCCCACGACCACAACUGCAGCAGCUCCUAUAACAACAACUGUAGCUGCUUCCAUAAACACAAAAGCAGCAUCAACUACGUCAAUCACAACUGCAGAUUCUACUUCAACAACUGUAGCUCCAAUGACCACUACAACCGCCGAAGCUCCUACAACAAAAACUGUAGCUGCUUCCACAACUACUACUGCAUCCCCUACAGCAACCACAACAGAAGCUCCUUCAACAACAACUGUAGUACCAAUGACUUUAAGAACAACAGUCCCAACGACAACUGCAGCUAA